AUGAUGCAUCAUCAGGAUUUCAUCAAGCUGCCGCCGGAUGACUCCGAUAACAACAAGGAGGACAACCAGGACCAGGAGGAGGACACCAAGGAUGAUAAGGACGACUUUCAGGAGAAGAUGGAUCAGCUGAAGCUCAAUGAACAUGUGCUGGGACCGAUGCUCGCUUGCACGCCGUCUUUGCGAUGCUUCGAAAACAAGGGUUCCGUGUAUAACCUGGACCACCUGGAGGAAGCCCUCAAGCAAAAGAACCCCGACGUCCCGGGAGAUCUCCAACAUGCUCAAGCUUGUGCUUUGAAGGGGCAAUCUCAGUAUGUCAUCCGCUUGGCGAAGAAGUCCAAGAAAAGCCCGGCACCCGUCAUGGUCCGACUGAAGGUGGGCUAUUUCUCAGGGUGUGCACGCAUGCAAAUAGCACGUGACACGGCUGCUAUGCUGCAGGCCUGCUGUGGGCCGAAGCUGCUGUCGACAACGAAGAGGAAGCCUUCUUUGAAAGGCAUCAAUCCAGAUGCCGUGGAGACUCAGCCGGUCAACGAAGGAAGCAUCCCGGCCGUUGCAGCACCGCAUUGCCUUGCAGAGGUGUUGCUUAAAUUGGAGACGGCCCCAGAACUUGCUUUCCCGCACCAUCUUCAGUACAAGAAGCCCUUCCGAAACCUCGUCUCCAGACAUGACGCAG